GCUAUCCAACAUGUGAACAGUUAUCUUGUGCAAAUGGAGCAUGUUUUAAUGCAAGCCAGCGAUGUGACAGCAAAGUGGAUUGCAGAGAUUCUUCUGAUGAAGCCAACUGCACACACGGAUGUGCCACUACGCAGUUCCAGUGUGCUAAUGGAGAAUGUAUUCCCCGAGCCUUUAUCUGUGACCAUGACGACGACUGCGGAGACAGGAGUGAUGAAAUAUCUUGCACUUACGCGACUUGCAGAGGCAACUUUUUCACUUGCUCCAGUGGCCGCUGCAUUCAUCAGAGCUGGAUCUGUGAUGGGGAUGAUGACUGUGAAGAUAAUGAAGAUGAAAUAGGAUGUG